AUGGUAGACGCGUCGAGAACAUUGUAUAACCCAGCUCUGCAUGACUAUGCCAAAAGUCCACAGUACUGUGAAAUUCUAGCGUCCAAUUUGGUGGCUCUCCUAACAUUAGAGCCUACCUUGUUGCAAGAAACACUCGCCAGGAUGAAAAGUCUCCUGCCACCUGCAGUCAAUGCAUUAUAUGUUCCUGGAUCUAAUAUCCCGAACGGAGUCGAAUCGUUCCCCAUGAUACCUUAUUUCUCUCAUCAAGGAACUGAGAGCGAGAAGACACCGUACCUAAAUGACAUAAUGCCAACUGGGAGCGAGGGACUUCUUGAAAUUGAUUGGUUGAAGCACGAUGCGUCCGCAAACCACGAUCUGCGCGAGGGAGGUCACCAGGGUCUCGUUAAUAAUGCUCAGUCUAGGUUGGGCUUUACUUCCGAGUCAAGAGUACCGGAUAUUGGUGAAGAUCCAAAAAGGAGCACCAGACAUGACGAUGACUUGGCCAUUGACGUCGCGGCUGCGUCGUAUCCAUCUCCCAAGUCAAACCCUUCUCACACCCCAAAGUUCACAAAUAGUGCACUUAAAAGAAAGGUUCGCAUAUCAGAAAAGUCUAGAAAAAGAACGAAAAGCCAAACAGCAUCAACGUCUGCAAAUCAGAUAGCAUUGAGCCCAUCAGAGAUGCCGUGCAGUGGUGAUCCCAAUGAAAAUGGCCAGCUUUCGUUGCCGGACGAGGCAGUGCGGUUAAAUCUGCUUAGGUUUCUUGCCAAACGUGCCAAACGACCUAUUAAUGAUAAGAAGUUGCACAUUAUUUAUCAAGCAGGUGAUAAAAUAAUUAGUGACACAGGUAUCCUUUUGAAUGACUUAAAAGGGUGGCUCUUGGAAGAUUACCGAACUCAUGGGAUUUCCCUUCCACCUUGUCACAAUUUCCCUUCAGCAGAAAUUGUUACCACCAUGUUUAGGUUUCUAAUGGAAACCAAAAAUGACGAACAACAAAAAUCGGUGCAUCGUCGCCUGGCACAAGUUAUAUUUUUCAUCUUUGUCAAUAUUGGCGUGGAACGGCUCAAGACAAGAGAUCAAAAUGGGGAAACUAUCCCGCGUUCCGGUAAUGAUUUGACAGCUGUAUACCACAAGUCAAUAUUAGCCAACGUUGGUGAGUUGGAGGUAAAUGGCAAGAAGUGCGACGGGGGCCAUGUCUCGGACUGCAAAAAUUACGGCAAACGAUGGUGGAAACUUGCAAGUAGUAUUGGAAUCAUUACUGUUCUAACCUGUGGACUAGCUGAGGCGAUUCAUAUUGACAAUCGCUCUAAUUUCCCGGAUAGCUCACUGGAGCUCUUGAUCAGCUACAUGAGAAACGCGUAUCCAGACGCUAUUGCUCAUUUCCAGUCACUGGACCCAUUCAUGCAACCACUUUUUGCUAAUCUACCGAUGUCUACAAAUCAAGUUGUAGAGUUGACCGGCCAUAUAGACCCCUUAUACUUGAAGUUCAGCGUUCCACUUGAAAACCCCGAUCCGGUUGAUACAAAGACCGCAAUGGACACUGCAACAAAGAGCUUACUACAAUACUUGGGGCAUCGUGACUAA